AUGGAAUCGAGAAUAUACGGCUGUUUUCAAUUAGCCCGCACUCCACUAUGGUGUCGAAUGUAUUCCCUGAGCCUUCGGAACUUACCUAAGGUGGCACCGAAGGAAAAAACGACAGGCGAUUCAAAAAAACCGAAUCGCUUUGCUGAAAUGUAUCUGAAGAAGCCAAACCAUAAUCAGCAGCGGAAUUCAAAGAUUCACCAGGGCCGCAAGCACAGCCCGAUAGAUGAAGGAACUAGCCUUAAAGUGCCUAAGGCUCCAGAUGGAAUUGUGUCGCCACAGGUACUGAAGGAAAGCCAAUAUGAACAAUACACCAAAAUUAGACAAAGGCUCAACGAGCGCUCAAGGCAACAAAGUCUUCAAAAACAGCAAAAUAAGCCUCACAAUCAACAGGCACAAAAGCAACCACCUAAGAAAUCGGGCCAAGCUUCAAAAAAGAACGUGAAACAAACAGAGAACAUCAAGAUUAGCAUUCCAACAUUUGUUACAGUUUCCAAUUUAGCCACUAUUAUGAACGUGCCUCUUUCACCACUUUUGAAGAAAUUGGAGGACCUUGGGUUCGAAGGAAUGUCGCACAACUAUAUUCUAGACAAGGAAAACGCAGCUUUGAUCGCCGAUGAGUAUGGAUUUGAUGUGACCAUGAGCGAUGAGACAGGAAUGGAUUUAUUUCCAGCACCAGAGGAUCCUCUGAAAAUGAAAGCGCGUCCACCAGUUGUGACUAUUAUGGGUCAUGUCGACCACGGAAAAACUACAAUUUUGGAUUAUUUGCGGAAAUCCAGUAUCGUGCAAGGUGAGUUUGGCGGAAUCACGCAACAUAUUGGUGCUUUUUCGGUUUUGACACCCAUAUCGAAAAAGAAGAUUACAUUCUUGGAUACCCCUGGACAUGCAGCCUUUUUGAGUAUGAGAGAAAGAGGUGCAAUUGUGACAGAUAUUGUCAUUUUGGUCGUUGCUGCAGAUGAUUCAGUGAUGCCCCAAACUAUCGAGGCCAUUAAACAUGCCAAGAAGGCUGGUGUACCGAUGAUUAUCGCGAUAAACAAAUGUGAUAAGCCCGGAAUCAAGAUUGACAAAGUUUUGUCUGAUCUUGCCCGGCACGAGAUUGACAUUGAAGAUUAUGGCGGAGAAACUCAAACUGUUCAAGUAAGUGGGAAAACGGGAAUGAAUAUGGAUAAAUUGGAGGAAGCUGUCAUCACUUUAAGCGAACUAAGCGAGUUCAAAGCGGAACCAACAGGAGUGCCUGCUGAAGGUUGGAUUAUCGAAUCUCAAGUGGUGAAAGGAUUAGGUAAUGUUUCUACUGUCUUAGUUCGGCGGGGAACUGUGAAAGUAGGAAGCUUUUUGGUGGCUGGAACCACAUACUGUAAAGUGAGAGGCAUGAAGGACGAACACGGCAAGCCGUUAAAGCUGGCAGGACCUUCUACUCCUGUUCAAGUGUGGGGAUGGAAAGAACUUCCUCAGGGGGGAGACCAAAUUUUAGAAGCAAAGACAGAGCAGGUUUGUCGUAAAGUUAUACAGAAUCGUGAAAGCAGGAAGAAGCAAAUUCAAGCUGCGAAGGACAUUGAAACUAUCAACGAGAAACGUCAGGAAGAAGUCAAGGAGCUCAAAAAACAGGAAAAGAUCAAUGAGCUCAAGAUGGCCGGUUUAGAUGUUAGCGAUUUUUUCGACGAGAGCAGCGAACAGUCCAAGUGUACAACUGUGAACUAUAUUGUUAAAUCUGACGUUUUUGGAUCUGCUGAGGCCAUCAAGGAGAGUAUAGAUGGACUCGGUAAUGAUGAAGUUAAGGCAAAAGUGAUUUCUUUCGAAGCUGGCACUCCUACGGAGUCCGAUUUAGAUACUGCAGAAGCACUAGGGGCAGAGAUUUUGUGUUUCAAUGUGAAGGUUCCCAAAACCAUUCAGGCCAAAGCUGAUCGGAUUGGCGUGAAUUUGCAAGAGCAUAAUAUAAUCUACCGUUUGAUUGAGGGGGUGACAGAAAAGCUCACGUCUAAAUUGGCACCUCAUAUCGAGAUCAAAGUGUUAGCCGAGAUUGAAAUUAAGAAUGUGUUUAAAAUCACAGGUAAGAAUAAGUCCACUUUCAAAAUUGCUGGAUGCAAGGUGGCAUCCGGUAAUUUGAAGCGGGCAAAUAAAGUGAGGGUCAUGAGGAAAGGUGAAGAGGUUUUCAAUGGACAUCUUUCGUCUUUGAAACACGUGAAACAGGAUGUUAGUGAAGCAAAGAAGGGAACAGAAUGUGGACUCUCGUUCGAAAAUUGGGACAAGUUCGAAGAAGGUGAUAAGGUGGAGGCGUUCGAGGAAAUCGAAGUGCCCCGGUUCUUGUAA